CGCUCAUGUACCUGUCCGCCAUGUUGCAUUCCUACUGUUGAGGGGGAGUUGACGUCUUGGAGGGGUGUAAAGCACUUCGUGACAAGAUGCGACUCGGUUUGCUCUGGGCCCUGUAUCAAAGGGUUCGCCAGGACAAUGUUUAGCGAAGUGUGCUGUGAACUGUUGAGUGCGUGUGUUCGCUUGUUCGGAUACGGAAAUCGGAUGUCUGCCACACAUUGUUCGUAAUUCAAGUGGAGCCACUUGACACUGCCCAUUCACAAACAGGCGCUGACCCCAUCAUCAUAAGCCUGGCCAGUCAGUGAUACUGAUACCUGAGGUCGUGUGUGCAUGCAUACACCUUCCUCUCAAGAGAGGUAUGGUCCUCGUGAAGUGUGCCCCGUCAAACUUUCUCUCCAGCUCCCUCCCUCCCUCGCCUCACCGCUCGCCGUGACACGAGGUACCUCCUUAACCUGGGCACUAUGAUACAUUGGAGGGAGCAUAGCGACAAGACUGCAGCUGUAUUUCUGCCCGAUAAUGCACACGCCCGUGGGAACAAUGGAAUGCUCUCAGGAUGCAGAUGGGUCUGUUUCUCUGUCCGCCAGCCGAGACGACCAAGACAACUUUAGGAACAGUAUAUUGUGCAUCAAAGAGGAAUUGGGGCAAUUGAGUCUGCAGUCGUCAUCACCCAAGGAAGAGCCUCCUCCAGAAGAACGUUCUGAUGAGACCAGUCAUGACGACUCAAGCAAGCAAUCUCCCUGUAGUCCUGGUGUCAGUGUUGGCUAUCAAGACCAUUCAGCAGCUCAGCACACUGGCUGGAUUGAUGGUCUCUGGGGCUGUCUCCGUCCAGUCUGGACCAUCAUUGGCAAGGCAACUGCAAAUGAAAUCAAAGGACACCAAGAUGACUGGGAAAUACCAUUUGAGUCAAUCAGUGAUCUGAAGUGGCUGGGCUCUGGUGCUCAAGGUGCUGUCUUCAGCGGUAAGCUCAGAGGAGAAGUGGUUGCUGUGAAGAAAGUUAGGGAGCAAAAGGAAACAGACAUUCGGAAUCUCAGGAAACUAAAUCAUCCCAACAUUGUGCAGUUCAAGCCAGAACAUAAAAAGGAUGAUGAUGAUCAUGGUGUCACUUCCAGGGGUGUGUGCACACAAGCUCCUUGCUACUGCAUCAUUAUGGAGUUUUGUCCAUAUGGCCCACUGUAUAAUCUACUCAAAGAUGGAGAAGAAGUUCCACCAUUGCGACUUGUCAAUUGGGCAAAACAGAUAGCUUCUGGAAUGCACUAUCUACACAAUCACAAGAUUAUUCAUCGUGAUCUCAAGAGUCCAAAUGUUUUAAUUGGUCAUGGGGAGGUAGUGAAAAUAAGUGAUUUUGGUACAAGUCGAGAAUGGAAUGAAAUUAGUACCAAAAUGACCUUUGCUGGAACUGUAGCUUGGAUGGCUCCUGAAAUUAUACGUAGUGAACCAUACUCAGAGAAAGUGGACAUAUGGUCUUAUGGUGUGGUGUUGUGGGAACUCUUGACCUGUGAAACACCAUACAAAGAUGUAGGCUCUUCAGCCAUUAUGUAUGGAGUAGGGAGUUAUUCAUUGCAUCUUCCAAUCCCCUCAACAUGUCCAGAAGGUUUCCGCCUGCUGGUAAAACAGUGUUGGAACGCUAAACCUCGAAAUAGGCCUUCAUUCAAGAACAUCCUUAUCCACUUGGACAUUGCAUCUGUAGAAGUUCUUAACAGGUCACCUGAAGACUAUCUGAGAACACAGGCAACAUGGAAGCAGGAAAUAAGAUUGCAUAUGCAGCAGAUGCAGUCAAAUGGAACCCAUCUUCCAAAAUAUGAAGAGGAUAUAAUAAAGAAGAGAAAUGAUGAAUUGAAGCAUGCUCAGGAUAUCAGGGAGCACUAUGAGCGCAAGUUAGAUCGUGUCAAUGACAUGUAUAUGGAGAUGAUUACCCGAUUACUGCAGGUAGACCAGCAGAAACAGGAGCUGAUGGUGAAGUUAUUGCAAGUAGAACAGCGAGAACAGGUGCUGAGAGUGAAGCUGCGCCAGGUAGAGAAGUGGGAGCAGGCAUUACUCAAACGAGAGAAGAAAGUUGGAAUCAAGCACUCGUUGCUGAAAGCACAGAAGCAGCUGUGCAAGCGCCACUCUUCCAGCAAUCAUUCCACUCCUACCUCACCUGAGAUGCAGACUAGUCCAGAGUCACCACAUAACUGGGCCCAUGGGAAUCCCAUCAUGGCAGCCUUAGUACUUAACAGUGUAUCACAGCAGCCUGAGAGCCUAAUCACUACUACUGGAGGUGCACCUUGUGAACAUCUUUUGAAACAACACAGAUGUAGGACACAAAGCAGCUUCACAAAAUCUGGUGCCAGCCAAAAUAAAAAGACUGAUGCCAGUUCCAAACUACAGUAUUUGGUGGAUGGUGAGACACAGACUGAAAUGAUGGACAUCAGUGAAACUGACACCAGUCCUAACCCCCACUUUGCUGGCCGUCAGUUUAGUGUGACCGUAUCUCAGGCAGGCACAGUCAAAGAGGUAGAAGAGCACAAAGUGAUAGAUAAAUCUCCAGGGACAGAGAGCUUAAAUGGAAAUAGCAUAAAUUGUGAUGACAAACUGCAACCACAUCCUGAUCACUCGGAUGAUUCUGAACCAAAUUGCAAUUUAAGACUGUCUAUUCGUGAAAGUGAUGAUGAAAAUUUGGAAAGUCUUGGAAGGAAAGUGAAUGAAAUUUUGAAUGGAAACAGAGCAUCUGCACCACCUGCUGUCGAAACCACUGCCAACAAUGGGAACCCUGAUGAUGUUAUUUCAAUGCUAUCAGGGUUAAGUCAUAAGGAUGGAUUUUGCAGUGAAGAAGAACUAGCCAGGAGAAUUGUGGCAGCUGGUAGAAGUGGCCGAGAGUUAUCAGCCCAGUAUCAAGGUGUUAUUGUUUCUGUAGAUUCAGUACACCCUGUUGCAAAACUUAGGCUGAGACAGGGAGACAGUUCUGAAACAAUAGACUCUCAAGACUCAAGGGAUGAUAUGUGUGAAAGUUGGUCAGAAGAGGAAGAAGGAGAGUAUUCAGCAGGCAGCUAUGAACUUCACCGAGGGAGCUUUGCUCGGCGGCCUGUUGCUCCACGAUGUAGGUCACGUAGGCUGAAGAAAUCCACAGUUGUUACAGCUGAUGUUGCUGGGUCUGAUGAAGAGAAUACUCCAGACUACAGUCAUCCCCCAUCUAGUCAGUGCUCUACUCUGGAGAGCAACCCUGAUCUACCUCAAAUUGUGCAGAGGCUAGGAUCAGCAGCAAAAAAGAGGCCCCAUUGUGAUACCAAGGAGAAACCUGGAAAAACUUCAGCUAACAGUUCAGAUUCUGAAUCAGAUGAUAUCAGUGAAAUGACUAUUGCGUCUCAACUUGGAAAAUCACCUAAACUGGAAACAGUGGUAUGAUGAACAUAGACAUCUGGAUAACAUUUGUAGUGGUCAUCAUUUUGAUUACAUUUAAGGAAACUUACUAUCAUUAGGCAUCCAGUUAAGAAUUUGAAGAACAUGGUUGUAAAUAGUAUUACUGUCUGCACAACCUUUCAUUAUAUGAUACUGCACUACAUGUUCUGACCUCUUUUUGCCAUCUUCUUGUGCAUAUCUUAAAUAUUAAAUGGUAUGAUGGAUAGGAAAUCACAGUAAUCAACUGCAAACCAAUGCAUGGAUCCAUAAAGUGAUUUCCUGUCUGUGGUACCAUCUGAUGUUUAUGAUAUGCAAUUGAAGAAGGCUGGAAGAGGUCGAAACAUGUAGUGCAGUAUGAUACAGUAAAUGGUUGUGUAGAUGGUAAAUUGAAUUCAUCACAUUCCAGGAUCCUGUUAAGAAGCCUAAUUAUUAAUUCAUGUACCAAUAUUUUUAAAACACAACAUGAAAUGAUUAAUGUGCCCAUUUUAGAGGCUUUUUUUUAGUUAAGAAUUUGACUAGUGUCCAGUUAUUUAUUUAUAUUUCUGAGCAAUGAGAAGUGUGAGGAACUGGACACUAAUUAAAUAAACAGUACGUCGUAAAAGCUGAAACCAAAAAGUCCCUCCUUUUUUAUCAAUGGAAUUUGUCAUGUGGCUAUCAGGGAUUUAUUAAGGCAUGAGCAAUUCCAUUCACAAUUGGUGAUUAACAAAGUCUGUGGAAGAUAAUCUGAUGUUAAAGUUUCUUAAAAAGUUCUGUGUGAGGAACAAAAAAGAUUAGAUUACUUCUGUGGAAAAUAUGUAAUUACUUAUGCUUUAAAUAGAAAUACAUUUUAGAAAAGUAAAUCCAAAGUGCAGGUGAAAUUUGGAUUUUUAUGUAGGUAUAAUUAGAGUUUCUGAAAUGUUACCAUCAUGUUGUCAUCACCAUAUUUAACAGACAACUUCAAAUUGGAAUGCUCUUGUGUGGGUUGUGAAAAUUGACAUUCCUUCAAGUCUGGAUUGUAUAAAUACAGUAUUUGCAAUAACUGUAUUAGUUUCUCCUCAGGUAACACAUCUACAGUAGAGGCAGUUCAUACUUGAGUUUGUGGGGAAAUGCAAGUGGUUAGUCACGCAUUUCUUCAGGCUGAGAUUUCACCAGUAGAGCGUACAAUUUACUAUGUCUGUGUGUGAACACAGUUUCUUAACAAGUGGUGCAAGUAACUGUGUAGCAGCCUGGUGGAAUGUGUUGUGUCCAACUAUCAGCCAUCACUUGUUAAUAUGAACAUUUUAAACUACUUGUAAAAGCCAUUCCAUCCUUAUGUCAUGUUUUGUUAUAAUUUAUUUUUUAUGAUUUUGUAUUUUAAGGGAAACUAUUCUAAAUGAAAAAUAGAGCAAUUCAUGAUAGUGAGUUUAGAUGUGUUUUGCCACGAUCAGUGGCAGAUAGAUGUAGCACAGCACAACAUUUUUUGCUCGCCAUGUUUCUAUGUUGAAGGUCUGUUACAUCUUCAUAUUGCUAUGAAUGUGAUAUUCCUAAUUGUAACUGUAAGACUUUUAAAACCAUUACCAUGACAGCCUAAACACUGUGCAAUUUUUUUAGAAAUAUGUGUGGUGUUAUUUAUUUUCUCAGAUAAUUAGUAAGGAAGACUUUUGCAAUUAGUGCACUAUAAUUUCUAUAAGUCACAUACUGAAAUUGGUUCAUAUUAUUUAAUCAGGAUCUGAUGCCAUUAAUGUUAAUAGUUAUUACGAUAAAUGUGUCAAUAUCUGUUUUUACUAAAUGUUUUUAGACAGCCUAGACAGUCAGAAUCACUGAACUGGACAAGUGCAAUUUUAGUUACUUGCCAUAUGCCACAAAAUCUGUUUCCUCAGAAUAUUGCUGGAAAGGCAGUCUAGAUCCUUAUAAAGAUAGGAUUUCAGUAUAUAUAAAUUUCUAUAGAACCACCUUUGAUACAAGUUUCACUGUACUCAUGUGACUUCUGCAAGUUCAUGCUAUUUUGUGUACCUGCUACUGAACAAUUUGCCUAAUUUUAGACAAAAUAGAACAGUACGAUAGUUUUGUAAAUUAAGAGGAAAGCUUUGAAAGAGAAUAGUAACAUUUAUUAAGAUUAUUAAUAAGAACAGUGAGAAUAAAAUAAAUUACAGUUUCAUACACUGCAUGCUGUCUUGCUAAAUGAAGAGAAUUUACUACUACAAAAAGAUGUCUUAGAUGAGAGCAGUGAAACAUUCUGCUGGAAUGUUCUUGUUUGAUAAUCAUUGGUUAAAAUGGGCCUACUUCAUUAUAUUUUUAUUUUAACUCAGUGUCAUAUUUGUCAUAAUUAUUACAAAGGAUUUUAAUAUAAUGCACUUUUACAUAUUCAAGUGGUAGGUGCAAAUAAGUGUGCUGGAUACUAGAUCAAGUUUCCAAACUAUGUACUGAAUUUGGAUGAUUAUGUGGCAUUUUGAGGACAACUGCACCACAUGUACUCUGACAUAAUAGGCAGGAUUUUGUGAUGGUUCAGAAAAUUGGUCUCCUUUGUCAUGGGAGAGUAGGCAGUGAUGUGUAUAUGACCCAACCCACUGCAGUGCAGACAACAGCAAGAAUUUUAACAUUAGCUGCAACUUCAGAAUGUUAUGCUUUAAAACCCAUUCUUAUGUUUCUCUUAGAAUUUUAUUCCACUAAAACUUGCAUAAGUAAUAUAAUUCAUCUCCUGUCAUGUGAAACAAAGACAUGUUCAUGUUGUGUAUAAGAUGGUUUGUGUAUGACAGUUAAACGAUGAUGUGAUGCAGCUCCUUGUCAGUAUUAUACUCAACAGUAGAUGCCUUCACAUUCAUUAAAGAGGUGCCUCUACCCUUUCAUAUAUACAAGGCCUGAUCAAAAACUGUCAAGACUGAAUUUAUGUCUUGGAUAAAUCACACUAUACAGCAAUACAGCUGUGAAGAACAUAUUGACAAGAUGUUCUUCUGGUUUUGGUGCCAUGUGGACUCACAUCUACUGACAAGUCUAAACAGCACCAAAACACAGAAAAUCCUCAUCCUCACAGCCACAAAAACCUCAAAUCUCUCAUGCAUGAUACAACAUUAGCAGGUGUGUUUACAUUUCAUUCCAUUGUUUGUCAUUCAUGAUUAGUGUUCAAAAUCUGUAUUGAUUUAAUGGUGUCUGAGAGUAAAGAACGUGUGUGUUAAAUUUUGUGAAACUAUUGGAAAGAAUGUAUCAGUUGGUGCAGAUAACUUUUGAAAAUGCAAUAGUGUGUGCAGGGCAUGAGUUUUUGAAAGGUUUCAUUUCAGUGAUAAGCCUGCAUGAUGCACUUUAAGCAGUAUAAGUGAUGAGGUUUAGUAAGAAAUGACAUGAAAUUGCUGGAGAGAGGAAUUUAUUUCAUGUUAGGCCAUUUUAACCGUAAGGUUUGGAUAUGAGGUAAGUUGUGUCUCAUCCAAAUUCAUUGCUUUUUUGGCACAUGAUCAGAAAGAAAAUUGCUUUCAAGUAUGCAGAAAAUAAUGAAAUAUACUGGAUGAAAAUGUGUCAAAAAACAUAAUUACAGAUGAGACACUGGUCUAUAGUUAUGAUUUUGAAACUAGGCAUAUAUCAUACAAACAGAAACUUUGAAAGAAGCAUGCCAAGUGUACAGCAAAACCAAAUUGAUGCUGCUGAUUUUGUUUAUGAGGCUGUUACGCACCAUGAGUGAGCUCCACAAAGUCAGAAAACAUCUUAAUUUGCAAAUGCUGAUGCAUGAUAAAUGGCUGCAAGUAAAUUCACCAUGCUUCUGCCUACUAAGCUUUAUAUGUGCAGCAACUUUUAGGUGAAGAUAGCGUCAAAUUACACAGCCAUCUUGCUGACCAUAUAUAUAUUAUCCCAAUUUGUUUUCUGCUCUGUAAACUUUAAAGAAACCCUGAUUAUGUGGAAACAAUUGAACACAGUGCAGUGGACCAACUGUAUAUUUUGUUUGUGGGGUGCCUCCAGCAUUGGUAGGAAUGAUAGAAGUGUGUACAGUAAAUACUGACUACUAUGAACGAACGGUAACCUCCCAUCCUUAAAAAUACAUUUAUCUUCGAUUUUUGA